AUGCCCAAAAGAGUACACAAAUAUUUCGAACAAAGAGCACAAGAGUGGAACAUUACUGGCUUCCUUAAUGAAUGUGAGCUGGAGUCAUUUCGGCAAAUAAUAGAAUACUAUCUUUCUUCUUUAGAAGCGAUUAUUAUGACAGAAACAGGUCCAAGGCAUGAAAAGGCGCAGAUUCUCUUCGAUAAAUAUAAGAAGGCAACUGUAAACUAUGAGACUAACAAUGGAACUGUAAUCGGUGGAACAUCAGUUUCUGAAUUGAAAAGGGAAUUUGAAGAGGACGGUUUUGAACAUAAAAUAGAAGCGAAUCAAAUAAAGCAGACAAGGACGAAUCGUCAAAGCACACCUGAAGAUCAGAUACGCCCGUCUUUCGUUAUGAGAGAAAAAUGGAUACGACUACAAGGACAAAUUAGACGUGAAAAAAUCAAACCUCAAACAGUAUCUAUAACAAAAGAUGAGAUGGAAUUCUUAGAUGAUGAUUAUUAUUUCAUUGAUUAUGAGGAAGUAAGCAAUUGCUAUUUCACUGAUCAUGAGGAAGUGAGGAAUCUGAACUCCAAAAAUGCGUUAAUUCGAAAUACUUUACUUGAAAUACUUUUUCAAUACCGAUCAAAAGAUCUUGAGUCAGGCAAAACGAUUAUGAAUUCAAAUUUUUUGAACAGAAUUAUGGACAUUACAGAUGCUGAUGUAAAACAAAGUGUAUGGUCUAAGUUGGAUGAAGAACAACAAUUAUGA